AUGGCCGAGGGCAAUCUCCUGGAACGCCUAGACAUGUUCUUUGGUGAGGGAGCGAACACUGAUGCGAUUGGAAACUUUUUGUGGGAAGAGCAUGACGUCAUGCAGAAGCUUGACGCUGCAAACGAUACCCCCGAGGCAUUGGAGUUGUAUUCCCUGUUUAAGCGAUACGCCACAGUUGUAGACACCCUGUUACACACGUUUACCGAGCGAGAGGCGAAGAAUGGUUCCGCUGUGAGUUUGGAGCAGCUGGCCGCUGCUGUUAUGCGUGAAUGGCAGCAUCCAGUAGACUGUUGCCACUAUUUGUGUACCGCAUACGUUGCCGGUGCUCUGAAUUUUGACUCCUUCAGGCAGCUAGUGGCCGAUGUGAAUGCCAUGACGACGUACCCUGUUGGUGAUGAACUCUCAGCGAGUGAAGGCGACAGUGAGACAACUACACCUGAGGAAGAUGAAGUAUGA